AUGGAGAGUGUUCCCUAUGCCAAGGCCAUUGGAGGUGUCAUGUACACCAUGAUCAGUACAAGACUGGACAUAACUUUUGCAGUGAGUGUAUUGACUAGGUUCAUGUCUAAACCUGGAGAAGAACAUUAUAAAGGCUUGAAAUGGUUAUUGAGAUAUUUGAAGGCCACACCUAGUCAUGGUUUGAGAUUCAGCAAAGAAGGCACAAAGAUUCAACUAGAAGGCUAUGUAGAUUCAGACUAUGCAUCAAAUAGAGACACAAGGAAAUCUAUUACAAGCUAUUGUUUUCAUCUUAAUGGCUGCUGUAUUAGUUGGAAAGCUCAACUUAAACUAGUGGUGACAUUGUUCACAACAGAGGUAGAGUUCAUGGCAAUCACUGAAGCUUUCAAGGAGGCAGUUUGGAUCAAGGGAAUUUUGAGUGAAGUUCAGAUGAUUACAGGGAAAGUUACUGUGUUUUCGGACAGUCAAUCUACAAUUCACCUUUGCAAAAAUCAUGUAUUUCAUGAGAGGUUACUUUGGAUCAUAAAUAAAAUAGAAGAAGGAGAGGUAGAAGUUGAAAAGGUACCGAGUGAGGAAAAUCUUACUGAUGUGGGAACUAAAGUGCUCUCAAUCAGUAAGUUCCAACAUUGCUUGGAACUACUGAACAUUGGAUCUAACUGA